AUGUGUGCGUAUAGAAUCCGGAUCAGUCUCGUGGACCUGUUGGAGCCGCGGGGUGGGUUCUGGUCCUGAUGUUUCGGAGACCACCGGAGCGUCCUGCGUAAAAAGCGCACGGAUGAUGCGUUUUGUGCUCCAGCUGUUCGAUGAAAGAAGAGACGCACAGCAGCAGAGAUGGGCACCGGUCGUGGACUUUGUACCGUGUUGACUGUACCUGUGGUGGCGGUUUUGGUGCAGUUUUGCGCAGCUUUUAACUUGGACACAGAGAACUGCGCCACUUUCAGCGGACCGCAGGGGACUUAUUUCGGAUAUUCUGUGGAGUUCUUCACUAACUCAUCCAGUGUCAGUAUUCUGAUUGGUGCGCCGAAAGCCAACACCAGCCAACCCAACGUCACUGAAGGAGGAGCUGUGUACUUGUGUUCCUGGAGCCAAACUAACUGCAGCAUUAUCAACUUUGACGAUCAAGGUGAUCGGCAUUUUUAUAUAAAUAAUGUCAGCACUCAGGUUGAGUUCAAGUCCCAUCAGUGGUUUGGAGCUACCGUGCGUUCCCAUGGUAACAGCACUCUGGCCUGUGCUCCCAGGUAUUACUGGAGAACCGAACAUGACACAGCCUUCGCCGACAUGACAGGAACCUGCUACCUCUCCGUAGACAGCCUGAAGACAUUUGUAGAAUACGCCCCCUGCCGAACAGAGAGACACGGACCUGCUGGACAGGGCUACUGCCAGGGUGGAUUUAGUGCAGACUUCACAAAGGACGGUCGAGUUGUGCUUGGAGGACCAGGCAGUUUUUACUGGCAAGGUCAGCUGAUCUCAGCCACCACACAGGAAAUUGUCAAAUCCUACUUCCCUUCUUACUUUCUGCUGUCGGUCAACGGGCAGAUCCACACCCGACAGGUGCAGGGGAGCUAUGACGACAGUUACCUGGGUUACUCUGUGGCUGGAGGCGAGUUCAGUGGGGACGAUGAGGAAGAUUUCAUCACAGGAGUUCCUAAAGGACUCAUGCUGUAUGGUUUAGUGUCCAUAUUAAAUGGAAGUGACAUGAAGUCUCUGCUGAACUUGACGGGGGAGCAGAUGGGCUCCUACUUUGGCUAUGCUGUGGCUGUAGUCGACAUCAACAACGACGGUCUAGAUGACCUUGUAGUAGGAGCACCAAUGUUCAUGCAGCAAGGUUCUGGUGGACGUCUGGAGGAGUUGGGUAAGGCGUACAUCUACCUCCAGAGGGGUCCUUUGCAGCUGGAACCGAGCAGCUCCCACCUCAUUGGUCCCCGGGCCUUCAGUCGAUUUGGGACCUCCUUGGCUCCACUGGGUGAUGUUGAUCAGGAUGGAUUCAACGACCUUGCCAUUGGCUGUCCUUAUGGAGGAGAUGACCAGCAGGGAUUGGUUUUUAUUUAUAAUGGUCACUCUAGCGGACUGAAGGACACGCCUUCUCAGACUCUCUCUAGCCAAUGGGCUUCCAGCUCUUUUUCUGCCAACUUUGGUUUUUCUCUCAGAGGCACCAUGGAUCUUGACCAAAAUGGCUACCCAGAUCUGAUUGUUGGUGCUUUUGGAGCAGAUAAAGCAGUCUUAUACAGGGCGCGGCCAAUCGUGAGUGCCAGUGCAUCUCUCUCCGUGCAGCCGACCAUGUUCAACCAGGAGGAGACAUGUGACCUGUCGGCGGGGAAUGACACAGUCACGCUGUCCUGUGUCAGCGUUGGUUUCUGCCUGCAGGCUAACGGCGUGCACCUCCCCUCUCGACUAGGCUUUGUUGUGGAGGUUCAGUUAGACAGCAUGAAGCAGAUUCAGACGGAUUCUGUCCCGAGAACUUUGUUCCUGGACAGCCAACAGCCGGCUCUGGUGCAGACUGUCAGCCUCGCAGAUGGAGAACAUUUCUGUCACAACACCAAGGUCUACCUGCGGAGUGACGAGGAGUUUCGGGAUAAACUUUCUCCCAUUUACAUCCACCUUAACUUUAGUCUGGACCCUUUUGCUCCAGUGGACCAGCAUGGCCUCAGUCCCAUCCUGAAUUAUCAAACAGAACAGCUCAUCGAGCAGAAGGCCCAGAUUCAGCUGGAUUGUGGCGAAGACAACAUAUGUGUCCCUGACCUCAAGCUCGCUGUUUAUGGGGACAAAACGGAGGUUUACCUGGGUGAUGAAAACUCCCUGAGUCUGACCUUCAAUGCCCGGAAUGAGGGAGAGGGAGGGGCAUACGAGGCCGAGCUUUACGUAGUGCUUCCUCCAGAGGCUGACUAUAGUGGGAUAGCACGCAACAAUGUGACUCUGACUCAGCUGAUAUGUAGCUAUGAACCCGAAAAAAACCAGACCCGCUAUCUUGUGUGUGAUCUGGGAAACCCCAUGAAGUCUGGGACCAGUCUAUGGGCUGGACUUCGAUUCACUGUCCCCAGACUGGAGGACACCACAACACUGUUCAGGUUUCAACUCCAAAUACGAAGUAAGAACGCAAAUAACUCAGAGAGUGAAGUGGUGCUGCAUGAACUGCAAACGACUGCCAUGGCUGAGGUUAUAGUGCAAGGAGUUUCUCGUCCGGAUAAAUCAUAUUUCCUCCUUCCAACUGGCACUCUGGUCAGGAGUCCGAGGGAGGAGCAGGACGUUGGCCCAGAGCUUCAGCAGGUCUACGAGGUGGUGAAUAAUGGUCCAAGUGUGAUCAGCCAGUUAACGUUACAGUUGCAAUGUCCUCUGAGGUCCCAUGGCCAUGAGCUGCUCUACCCUGUGGAGUUUCUCUCUGAGGGUCAGCUCAUGUGUUCCACCAACCAUUCUGUAAAUUCCCUGAAACUCAAGCUCAUCCCUGCAACAGCAAAGACUUCUCAGUCACUGACGUCCGGCCCUGAGCAUCACAUCCGGAGGAGGGAGGUGCACAGGGACUAUCUGGCUAAUCUGGCAAACCUGUCUUGCUCUACAGUGGAGUGCUGGCAGCUGCAGUGCAUUGUGGGAGUGCUGGAGAGAGGGUCCAGUGUUAUCCUGACCGUACGCUCCAGACUCUGGGCUGAGACCUUCAUGGAGAGGGCCCAUCAGCAGUACGUCCUGGAGUGCUCUCUUCACUACAGAGUGGACCUGAUGCCUUACUCUGUUCCUCCUAAACUCAAGGCCUCCGGAUCCAAAAAGGUGGUGACGGCGGUGAUGUGGAACAAAGCCGACGGUCUGUUCUCAGUCCCGGUGUGGAUCAUCAUCCUGGCCGUCCUCGCUGGCCUGCUGCUACUCGGCCUGCUCAUAUAUUUGCUGUACAAGAUGGGCUUCUUUAAAAGGUCUGAUCCCUACAGCACGACCAUGGAGAAGGCUGAGCUCAAGCAUCAGGCGUCCUCUGAAGCCUAGAUCCAAGGAUGCGUCUCUGUAUCUGUUCGAAAGAACUGGAAUUUUGACCACAUUCCCAGAUGAAAAGAGCAGGUGGCCCCUCAGUGAAGGGACCGUUACGGAUGCUGCUCCACUGGAAUACAUAGCAAAUAUCUGGAUCUGCACUAAACCAACAAAGAACAACUUCUCUGGUCUCUUGAUCAGACUGUCACUGUUUUAUAUCUUCAAGGAAACACAUUAUCACCUGAACGUGAAUUUUAAGCCACGUUUGUGAUCCCAAUGUUCCAUAUGUGUUGGAAGCCCUGCUUUUCUAUGAUCUAUAUCCACUUUAUUUAAGACAGUAUUUUCUUAUUUGUGUGUGUGUGUGUGUGUGUGUGUGUGUGUGUGUGUGUGCAGGUAAAUUCCCACAAACUGCAGAGCAUCACUUGAAUUUUUCCUCUCCCACAUUGGGAGGUAUUUUGUGGAUGUUGUUGUGUCUGUGAUGUAUUUGUUGUGACCUGUUGGUGGUGUGGCUUAAAAUAAAGCCUGAUUUUGUGUACUCACGAAAAAUGUGACCUU